GGCGGCCGUUGGGCCGGCGGUUACCAAAAAGUGUGGUACCGGUACGGGCUCUUCGGUGGGAGAAUCUAAACAAGCACGUUCGGGCCGGACGCGCGGGGACGGGAGCGCUCGGACGGACGCUCGGAGGCAAAAAUGCGACCAAUGCGUAUCUUUGUGAACGACGACCGCCACGUGAUGGCGAAGCACUCGGCCGUCUACCCGACGCAGGAGGAGCUGGAGGCGGUUCAGAACAUGGUGUCCCACACGGAGCGGGCGCUCAAAGCCGUGUCCGACUGGAUCGACGAGCAGGAGAAAGUCGGCGGGGAGCAGCCGGAGACAGAGGCCAUGGAGACAGCGGCUGAGGAGGAGAACAAAGAAGGAGGGGAUCAGAAGGCCACGGAGCAGCUGACCAGGACCCUCCGUGGAGUGAUGCGCGUGGGGCUUGUGGCGAAAGGCCUGUUACUGAAGGGGGACUUGGACCUCGAGCUAGUUCUUCUGUGCAAGGAUAAGCCCACAUCGGAUCUCCUGGAGAAAGUGGCCGACAAUCUUGGAGUACAGCUUGCUGCUAUUACCGAAGACAAAUACGAAAUAAUCCAGUCCGUUGGUGAUGCUGCCAUUGUAAUUAAGAACACAAAAGAGCCUCCGUUGACGCUGACCAUCCACUUGACGUCGCCCGUAGUCAGAGAAGAAAUGGAAAAACAGUUAGCUGGAGAAACGCUAUCAGUCAACGACUCCCCGGACGUUCUGGACAGGCAGAAAUGCCUUGCUGCCUUGGCGUCACUGCGACACGCCAAGUGGUUCCAGGCCAGGGCUAACGGUCUGAAGUCGUGCGUCAUAGUCAUACGCGUGUUGAGAGAUCUGUGUACUCGGGUUCCUACCUGGGCACCGCUGAGAGGAUGGCCUCUGGAGCUGCUGUGCGAAAAGUCCAUCGGGACCGCCAACAGACCCAUGGGCGCUGGAGAGGCUCUGAGGAGGGUUCUCGAAUGCCUCGCCUCGGGGAUCGUUAUGCCAGAUGGUUCUGGUAUUUAUGAUCCUUGUGAAAAAGAAGCCACUGAUGCUAUUGGGCAUCUAGACAGACAACAAAGGGAAGAUAUCACACAGAGUGCUCAGCAUGCUCUGAGACUUGCUGCUUUUGGCCAGCUUCACAAAGUCUUGGGGAUGGAUCCCCUACCUUCCAAAAUGCCCAAGAAACCAAAGAACGAAAACCCUGUUGACUAUACUGUCCAAAUUCCUCCCAGUACAACGUACGCUGUCACUCCAAUGAAGCGUCCCAUGGAGGAGGACGGAGAGGAGAAAUCGCCGAGCAAAAAGAAAAAGAAGAUUCAGAAAAAAGAGGAGAAACUUGAACCUCCCCAGGCCAUGAAUGCACUGAUGAAAUUAAACCAGCUAAAGCCUGGGCUCCAGUACAAACUUGUGUCUCAAACUGGUCCUGUUCAUGCUCCCAUCUUUACGAUGUCGGUGGAAAUCGAUGGCAGCACCUUCGAGGCAUCAGGACCUUCCAAAAAGACAGCCAAAUUGCACGUGGCGGUGAAGGUGUUGCAAGAUAUGGGUUUACCCACAGGAGUGGAAGGCAAAGAAUCUGGAAAAGGAGAUGAAUCAGCCGAGGAAACGGAACAGAAACCUGUAGUCGUUGCUCCUCCUCCUGUAGUAGAAACUGUUUCUACGCCCAGUGCUGCUUCUCCUCCUUCGGAUCAGACCUCAGAGAAUGUGAAACAACAGGGACCAAUUCUGACAAAGCACGGCAAGAAUCCUGUGAUGGAGCUGAACGAGAAGAGGCGUGGGCUGAAAUACGAGCUGAUUUCGGAGACGGGUGGCAGCCACGACAAGCGCUUCGUGAUGGAGGUGGAGGUUGACGGGCAGAAAUUCCAAGGAGCUGGCUCAAAUAAAAAGGUAGCGAAAGCCUACGCCGCUCUGGCUGCGCUGGAGAAGUUGUUUCCAGAUGCUCCCGUUGCCAUUGAGCAAAAUAAGAAGAAAAGAGCCCCUCUGCCUGCCAGGGGAGGACCCAAGUUUGCAGUAAAACAGCACAACCCGGGUUUCGGGAUGGGAGGCCCCAUGCACAACGACGUGCCCCCGCCGCCCAACAUGCGCGGUCGUGGAAGAGGCGGCAACAUCCGAGGCCGCGGCCGGGGCCGGGGUGGCUUCGGCGGCAAUCACGGCGGCUACAUGAACGCAGGUGCUGGGUAUGGAAGCUACGGUUACGGAGGCAAUUCCGCGACAGCAGGCUACAGUGACUUUUUCACAGACUGCUACGGCUAUCAUGAUUUUGGGUCUUCCUAGAUCAUCUAAAAGUAUUGCACAAAAAACAGCUUUUUACUCCAAUUUUCUCGAACUCCAAAACCCAAAGUGUUCGUGCUGUGUCCCUGUGCUUCACUGGGUUUCUCAACAGUGGCUUUUCACCGCAGCUUGUCUGAAACACUCUUAGCCUGCAGAACUUAAGACAGUGGCAGUUUUUAUUGUGAUUUGCCUUUGAACUUGGUCGUAUCGAUGUACACCACAGGGGGAACUAACCAUCCAAGAAUGUUUUUUGUGCACUUGGCACAAAUUGCAAAGCCAGCUCUGUUCAGCGUAAAGGCAAAAAGCCCAUCUUUGCUUUUUAUGGAAAGCAUUACUUUAUUUUUAAGAAACAGAUACUGAAGUGUUUUAAUCUACCUUUGUCUUAAUUUACAGCAGGUUUUGUACAAAAUUUGAGCCUUUUAAUAAAUCCCAGGAACUGGGUACAUGCCUCUUGAUAUUGGGAAGACUUUUCAACAUCUCUGAACCUAGUACAGCCCAGCUUUCUGAGCAUGCAAAAUGUUGACUUGUAUGUGGAAUCGUGUGUGCUAAACAUUAAUCCUACAUCCUUUGUAACACGCUGGUGGAUUAACGCUGAGGGAUGUGAUUUUUGUGGCUGGUAGCUAGUGUACUUUCAAAGGUAUUGUAAUUGUGCUUCCAAUACUGAUCCAAUAAAUAUCCAGGCAUUAGGAGUUAGCGCGAACAUGUUAGUCUUUAACUUCUGGAAAUGCAUGGGUUCAUUCGUUCCGUGAACAUGGGCUUUCUUGAGCCAAGCAUAAAGGGCCUAAAGCACUUCAGCGAACCUCGCCCUCGAGGUAUUUUUAUUACCUGGAGGAUUAAAUUUCACUGGAAUUAGGAACUGCAGGAAACUCUGCAAUUGGCCAGUCGGUGAGACGCGAGUCUCUGGUGAAUUCCAAGUGUCCGGUCCUUUAUUCUUGCUGUAGUGCUUGUUUUACGACUGUAUUUUUUGUUUGUCACUGUUUUUAGCUGCAAAGCCUGCACCGUGGCGUUCAUUUGACUUGUGAGGCUCAGCAACAUCUGAGUUCACUCAGUAACGAAACCAGUUAAAUAAAAGCAAAGCGAAACAAAAACCUCUAACCCGCGAAGCACCAGCUUACAAAUUAAAAAAGUCCAAGGUUUUUAGUGGAUAUUUUCAAAAAUGGUAAUAACAAUGCAUGCCCUCUAUCCUUUUUUUUUUUUUUUUUUUUUAGAAAGCUCUUGUUUAAAAUAAUGACUUUUUAUACAAGGGAAUAGAUCCUGUCCUGAACGAAGUGAAAAACUGCCAUUUUUUAAAGCAAAUACUUGCUAAAGUAACUACUUGGGCAUCGGAUAUUUUUAUUCAUUAGCUUUGAUGUAGGGGAAGUCAAAAACAAUUGGAUGCCAACCGGCACCAAAACUUCAUAGUUAAAUAUGAAGUGUUGAUAUAAAACUGCAAUUUCCAGAAAUUUUGGCUCCUUAACCAGGAGAGACUGACCUCCAGCAUCCGCAGCUCGAAUUUAAAGGUCUUAGCCCUUGACCUCUCGCUCUGGAGACGUCCCCGCAGCCUUCCCGCGUGUCUUUGAACCAAAUCCUGGGAUUUUAACACAAGGGAUGGAGCGAGGUAUCUCAGCGUCGAGCUGUUUUGCCACGGCUGUGGCGUUCUUGGCUGGAGAGAAACUUAUUGCCAGAGCCUUGUUUCUACACCACGGAGCCGAGGUCUGCGGAGGAGGAGGAAACAUCUUGCGUAGCGUAGCAAGUCUCGCUCCCGCGCAGAGGAGGUAGCAAAGAGUGGAUCAAAUGACUCCAAGGAUAGCUGGAGUCCUGAAAAAUAAAAGCUAGGUGCCUUGAAGCUCUUCACAACACAACCACGUAACGAAUUUGGGGAGCAAACUCCCAUCCGCCUUCGGGAGGAGUUGUUCCCGUAGGGUAAUGUGGAAUUGCGGAGGGCACAAGACUUGACUCCUUGUGUCUUUUUAGCUAAAUUCUCACCUCUCUUGUGUUUGGCAGGGGGUGCUAGCAAAACCUCUCCUCGUCAGAGGCGUACAUGCUGUUACAGACACUGGUGCAGGUUUUUAGUUAGAUUCUAGUGGCUUUUAUUCCUUGAAAUAAGUUAGUUUUGGAUACGGCGAGUCUGACCGUAGAGUAAGUCUUCUCACCCGCAGCCCAACACGAAGAGCGCGCUGGAGUUCAACCUGCGUCAGUUGGGCAGGAAGAGAAUUGCUCGGUAGUCGAGAGCUUGACUGUAGUACUC